AUGACCUCCUGGCACGAGAAGGAACAAGAGGCCAGCCGACAACGGGCGGUCAAACGAAACCACAAGCCACCAACCAAUGGGGCGGGAGGGGGGCAGGAGACGGACGAGACGGCGAGGGAAGAAAGCAAACGAGAAGAGACGGACCGAGUGGCGCGAUUCGUGCCGGAUUGAAUUUUUUUUAGCCAGUUCCCCCCCCCCAACGCUGCUGCACCAUUGCACCAACCCCCCACUGGUGAUGACGUACCAUUACAAUGUAUCGCUGGUUGAUGGCCAUGUUUGCGUGUUUGCUUGUCGAUAGUGGUCUCUCCACCGUGUGCCUUGUUUUUCUGUCUCUUAUUUCUUGUUAUUUUCGGCCCGGUCCCUUGUUGUCCUCCUCUUUUUAUUUCAUUUUCUCUUUCCGUACUGUUUCCUUUUAUUUUCUUCUCUUUUCUAUCUUUCGCUUUUUUUUUUUCUCAAUAUGACACAACAACGAGUCCAUCUCUAUCAUAGAAAAGAGCCAUAGACAGAUUGACAAUGGAAUCAUAGCGUCAGAGAAAACUACCUGUAUGUCUACGAUUUCCCAGACAGCAUAUAGGGACAUCUUCCCUGCGGGUAACAGGCUCAACAAAUCAGUUUGGUAGCUGUCUUGUGUGUCUCAUAUAUAUUAUGUUGGGAAGGUGCAGACGAGAGGUGUUGGGUACUGUUGGUUAGUCGGGCGUUUUGUGUGUGGCACCCUGUUAGUUGUAGGACAUACAGUCUCCAUCAGUUUACAUACGUAUUCUCAGUUUGGUAUGGAUAUG